CCAAACGCUUCUCCUUCACUUAUUUCAAACGAUCCAGCUAACGUAGUGGAUCUCUCGCCAGUAGUUCUUCUGACACAGGGAAUUGGUUGAAGGGAAUUCAACUGUUAGAUAUGAAAAGGUGUGUGCCGCUCCUCCUGCUACUCUCAGGGUUCCACCAACUGUCGUCAAGCCUCACCGGCCAAUACUUCUUUGUGAAUGACCCCAAGACCUGGACUGAAGCACAGAGCUACUGCAGAGAGAAGUACACUGACCUGGCCACCAUAGACAACAUGGAGGAUAUGAACAGAUUCAGACAAGUUGUCAAUGGAUACAAUGGAAAUGUCUGGAUAGGGCUGUAUGAUGAUGUUAACAGUUGGAGGUGGUCUCUAGAAGAUAGUGGUUUCUAUGGAGACGGGGAGGCAGUGUUUAGGAACUGGGACAGCGGACAGCCUGAUAACCAAGGCAGCGGACAGUAUUGCACAGUGAUGAGAGACAACGGAAGGUGGAACGACGAGCGUUGCUCAAACAAAGACAUCUUCAUCUGCUACGACGGAGGGACCAAUUCCUCCAAUCAUUUUAGUUUGAUUAAUGAAAGCCGAAGUUGGUCUGAAGCUCAGAGUUACUGCAGAGAUCACCACACAGACCUGGCCAGUGUGAGGAACCAGACUGAGAACCAGGAGAUACAGAGAGUGGCCAAUGGUAGCAACGUGUGGAUCGGCCUGUUCAGAGACUCAUGGAAGUGGUCAGACCAGAGCAACUCUUCCUUCAGAUACUGGGUAGAGGGAGAGCCCAAUAAUUUCCAAGGAAGGUCUGAGGGUUGUGUUGAGGCAUCGAUGACUAACAAUGGACAAUGGAACGAUGAGAUCUGCAUCCUUCCACAGUAUUUUGUCUGCUACUACACUGGAUAUGCUGGAGUGCAGGUGAAAUUCACCUCAACAACAGCGCUAACAGAUUCUAACAUCACCGAGCUGGUCUUGAAGAAGCUACAAGAUGAACUGAGACAGCGAGGGAUAUCCGACUCUGUCACCCUGCGGUGGAAGAAAAAAGACUGACUCUGACUGAGGUGGAUAGAAGAAGGAGGGAGGAGAAGGAGGAGAAGAAAUGAGGGAGGAGAUGAGUGGAUGAAGAGAAUGAAGAGAGAUUUAUGUCUUUUUUUCAUGGAAAAUGUAGAGGAAUUCCGGCGCAGAAAGAUAGUUUUAUUGUUCAAUUUUUGUCCAACUCCUAACAAGGAUAACAAUGCAUACUGAAUACCAAUUCAUUCAUGCUAUUUGUGAUUGGAAAUACAAUGUAAUAGCUGUAAGCACUCAUCUAAUACAUUUUUGAACAUGCUAUAUCAACUAAAUCAACAUUCUUCAUGUUA